UAUUUUAGGUAAUUCGUGGCGCGUUCCGUCCAUUUCCAUAGGCGCUAAUGGUUCUUCUAGAGUUUUCGAGAAGGUUCAAACGACCAAAAGGACCUUUGCUGAGACGGGGACGAAGGCUCCACGUUUUGGAGAUGAAGUGAUGGAGGAGGCAGGCGGUAUAAACUGGUUUGAAGAGGAAAUCCUGGUGGAAUCUGACAGUGAGGACGAAGAGGAAGAGGAAGAGGAAGAGGAGACUCGGGAUGGCAUUCCUGUCAUCAAAAUUUCUAAAGACAUGAGGAAGAAACUCAUCCAGCCUUGGAAAAACGCCCUCAUCUUGAAAUUUCCAGGCAAGAGAAUCAAUUUCCCAGUCUUUAAACGCAAACUCCUACGAAUGUGGGUGCCACAAGGGAGGCUAGAAGUGAUUGAUCUGGGAUUUAAAUUCUUUGUGGCACGUUUUGAAUUGGAGAAGGAUUGCAUGCGGGUGCUGUUUGAAGGACCUUGGAAAGUCUUCGAUCGUUAUGUGGUUCUGCAGCGUUGGAAGCCAAACUUCGAUCAGGCGAAUACAAAGGCCGAGAAUAUGGCGGUCUGUGUUCGAUUACCGGGACUGUCAAUGGAGUCUUUCAGUGAAGAUAUAAUCAAGCAUAUAUUGUAUCAGGUGGGCACGCCCUUGAAACUCGAUCGGACUACAGCUGGGGUGGAGAGGGGUUGUUUUGUGCGGGCCGUGAUCGAGAUUGAUCUAUCUAAACCUUUAGUCUCCACGGUUAACAUUGGGAGCAAGAUAGAGAGGAUCGAAUUCGAGGGACUUCAUACAAUCUGUUUCGGGUGUGGGGAGGUCAGCCACCUUUCGAAUGACUGCCCUAAAAAACCACGUGAACAACCUCAAGAUAAGCAGCCACAAAAUAACUCGAUGUACGGUCCUUGGAUGUUGGUGCAACCUAAAGGAAAAACUCGAACCGUGUCGAAAAAGAAACAAGCUGGCAGCAACAGAACCUCAGUGGCUAACAGGUUUACCGCCAUCUAGGAAGGACAUAUUGAAGAACUGGAAACGUGUUGACAGUUCCCCGGUGAAGUCAGGUGACAAUUUGUCAACUUUCAAACUUGCUCCUGUUGAUUUAAACAACUUUCCUUUGCAGAAUUGCAGGUGGAUGAUGGAUCUCAUGAGGCCCCCCCAAGGCUGGUAAAGGGAAGAAUAAAUCCCAGAGGAACAGAGAAGUGGUGGUAGGACGUGUGAAUUAGAUGAUUUACUAAUUAGAGGUU